AUGAAAGACCCAAUCCAAAUCAUACCAGAUGACCCAAAAAACAAUACGAAACCGUUGGAAGAGCAAAUUCGCGACGUCUAUAGCUCUCUCGUGAAAAGGAAAGAGUGGGCUUACGAUGCCAAAAUUCUAGAAAUGGUUCGUACUUUCUUCGUUUGUACCUCCCCCGCCGUCCGCCAUCGUUCAGUUUUCAGUGCCUCAUCUCCCACUCAACCGACAGCGAAUUUCUCAGAGAAAUUGCGGAUACUUUCGUCAAAAAACAUGUAGGCGAAAACGCAGAGAAGAAACGGACCCCCAAACUGUGCAUGAAGAACAAACUUCAAACGCUUCUGAUGUAUCAUGUUCCGGAUGACUCGGGUGUGUCUGUGAAAUUCCCGCAAAUUUUUCUUCUUGUCUUUUCAGUUGCUAUUGGACUGGACAUCGGAUUGGAUGUUGAAUGGGCUGUAAUGUCCAAGAACAACACGUCGAAAAGCUCUGAUCCGACGUGCGCGGCGAACGGCGGAUCUCGUUGGAUUGUGACAACGGCUCUUGCUAGGAUUAUAAAGAAUCAGGAAGACUCUUUGGAGUUUCCCCCACCGAUUGGAACAGUAGACCCAUUCGCUACACUUUUGCAUUUGUACAUAGACACGUUCGGCACUUCAGGAAAUUUCCAACCUUCUUCGUUGUACAAAGGUCAUACAAACUUGGAGGAAAUCACCAAUUUCAUCGAUGCACUCAUUAUGCGUGAGUAAAUCGCAUGAGAGCGAAAAUUAGUGAAACACAAUUGCAGAUCGGGCAAAGGCAACCGCAUCCAAUCAAGAAGAGGACCCCGAACUUUUGAAGCUGCUCAAAGAUGCCGGCGGAGAAGUUGGUAGCAUUGCUCUUGAUGCAAUGAAUCAGAAUUAUGAUAAGGUAGAAUAUUUAAAUUUAUUUUUUUUCUUCGGAAUUAAAUUUUUCAGGAAGACAAGUCCUUGCUACACGUCUUGAUUUGCGGUGAUGUGGAUGAAUUGCUGAGUUUGUUGACAAUCGAAGGAUUCGCCGAAAAGUUCAAGGGACAAGACGUGCAAAAAAUCAUAUUGUACCGUCCGGCAGUGGAGGUGGUAGUUGCAAUGGACGCUUUCAAUGAGAAAGUGAAAACGAAAUUCGAUCUCGAGAGGGACACGGCUAAGUGGAAUAAGGUGUACAGCAUCGAUUACGUCACCGAUAAACCAGAGGGAUUUGAAAUCGUGAAGUUCACUAAGAAUAUUUCACAGGAAAUCAUCGAACCCCUUCCCUCUAUCGCUCCAGGUCUUUAA